CUGCGUGACAAGCAGAUGGAGUUAGUGUUAAACCAAGCUAUCGCUCUGCUGUCCUGCUCUGUGUGUUUAAUGUGAUCCUCCUCACUUUGCUCUCAGUCAGUCACCUGGAAUGAAGCUUCAGCCUCACUGCUGCUACCUUUCUGUCCCACUGUGGGAAAACCAGCCUGGAAACCUUCAUAGGAGCUGAAGGAAAACACACCUGGCACCUGUCUGUCGGCUCUGGGCUGGAGGAGACGCAUUAUGAAAGCUUGAUUCAGUUUUAUUAUUAUUUUGGAGAAAAGAGACGGACUGUUGGUGUUCGGAUACAGAUGAAGUCCAUCAGAUCAGUGCCGGAGCUUCUGCUUCUCUUUCUUAUCUUACCAUGUGUUCGGGGUGCCUUUGUGGAGCCUCUUCAGCCUAACACCGAUAUUCUGUCUUUCACUGACUCUCCGACGAGACUUCCCUGCCAUUACAAGGCAGCGCCAGGGGAGAAUGUGGUGCAGGUCACCUGGAACAAGGAGCUACCAGAUGGCAGAGACGACCCUGUCAUCAUGGCCCACUUCACUGAAGGCAUUAAAGAGUUUUCGCAGUACUCUAGCUUGGUGAGGUUCGAGAGCUUUUACCCGACCAAGGAGAGCUCAGCUCUGCUCAUCCCACAGACGCAGGUGUCUGACGAAGGCGUCUACAAGUGCCACAUAUCCACCUUCCCCAACGGAAACUUUGAAAGGCACAUUAAGCUCAGUGUCUGGACAUUACCCAUCUCCUCCUUGGAUCCUGUGCAUCUGGUGGAAGGCCAGCCUUAUGGUGUGGUCGCCUCCUGUCGGGCCGUAGGUCGUCCCCCCCCUCAGCUGUCGUGGGACACCGACCUGCCCGGCCACUCCCAAAACCGCACUAACGAUGGUGGGUCAGUGUCCAGCCACUACUCGCUCCACCCGCUGCGCAGCAUGAAUGGGAAGAAGCUGGACUGCUUGGUGUGGCAUCCCGGCCUGCAGAAACCACGCAGGAUCUCUAACAACCUGGUGGUGCAGUACCCCCCAGAUCCCAUCAUCUCCACCCGUACAGACUACUGGUACAUUGGACUGACGCAGGCUGAGCUGGUGUGUGAAGGCAGAGGAAACCCUGAACCUCAGAAAGUCACCUGGACAUGGAGAGGAGGAGCUCUACCAGAUGGUGUGUCCAUAGCUGGAGAGAAACUCAUUUUUGGACGGGCCAUCAGGCUGAAUGACAGUGGCGUCUAUGAGUGUUCGGUCAGGAAUGAUGUGGGGUCUGGAAAAACGAUGUAUACCUUAACAAUAUCAGAGAGACCUAGAGGAAAACUCGAUUUGAACGAGCCUGGGGACAACCUGCUGCUGAUCAUUAUCGGUACUACAGCCGGAGUUUUGGUCCUGGUGCUGGUCACAGCGGUCCUGGUCGUCCGAUGGCAUCAUGGAAGGAAAACCAAAAUGCUGAAGAUGGAACUUCGGGAAACGAGGGAUGAAAUCGAUACGCUUUCAAGACAGGCCUCCUUCAGGAGACUCAACUCUGCAAGCUCAGUUUCCCGAAUGCAGCCUGAGGAUUAUGCUCUGCUCAGAGUGGACAGCCGUACUAAAUACAGCCAAAUGUCUCUGGACCGCACCGCCCACAGGUGCAGCCAGUCCACUUUGGCUGAGAGGUGGGGACCCGCAGCGGAUGUAACGUGGGAUGAAUGCGGGCGUCCCGUCGUCUGGAACGUUGAAACAGAGAGCAUGAGAGUCAGUGAGACGAACAGAGAGAAGGAGCGUAGGAAAAAGGUGGAGUCCAAUGUGAAGAGCAGCAACAUGUCGCUGGAUUCUGGUCUUCCUUCAUCUCUGGUUCCCCUGAAGAAUCAGCAGGAUGAAGCUAACGGUUGUAAGGAGCCUGACCUGGGCCACCUGCAGGAAGGUGGCUCCCUACCAGAAGACGACUCGAUGCCUGAAUCGUCCACAACAGAUGGGCAGGAGGAUUCUGAUGGAAAUAGUUCCCAGCACCUUUCGAAGACUCUCAGCAAAAUGUUUUAUGCCAGAAACGGGGUCCUGAGGCCCAUCGAGAGACCCACUGCCAUUUUGCUGCAAAGCAACCAAUAUUACAGACCGCAGAUUAUCUGAACCUCAGACUUUCUAUCAUCAUUUGAACAUGUGGAAAACCUGCUGGCCUUCCUGCACUGACAGACUGUGAUUUUUGAAUGACCAAGUAUUUAACUUUUAUGAAACAGAACACUAAAAAGGACAAUUGCAGGUGUUGUUUAAGCUCCAUGAAUUCCCGUCCAUCACAGCAAACGGUUGCUUUCUCAUUUAGCUUUACCUCUGCCCCCAAACUGCCCAUAGAAAGAGGUGAUUGCAGUUACAUCUGCUUGUUUUAGAGUCUUUUAGUAGCUGGAAUAUGUUAUCUUAAGAAUGUAUUUUUAAUAACAAUAAGCCUCUGCAUUAGUGCUAGGCUUAAAUAUGGGCAAUGUGGCUUCCUGCCCAGGGCAACGUUCUAAAAUGGGGAGGCACCGGCACUCCAAAGAAAGAGGGAAAAGAAAUAGUUCCGUCCGUUGGACUUCCAGCUGGUUUUCUGUUGCUAAUUUGCAUGUGAAAUAA